CAUUGCCUCUUACCUGUUUGAUGAUUUCCCCAAAAGAGUUUUAGAAGGUUGUCAUUGUUAUGGAACUUACAGAGUUGUCUUUGGCUACGAACCAAUGUGUUCCAGCGGAUAAAACAUGCAAUUUCAGUCCAUCAUCUCAUCAUCACAAGCCGAAGGGUUCGGUUUUCCUUCGAAGAAGAGGAAGCUUUUCCCAGAUCAGCUCCUCGAUGGCGGUUCGCCGUUUCAAACCAGUGUUGAUCUUCAAGUUAAAGACCCUCUGCCAUUAGACUGGGAACAAUGCCUUGAUCUUGAAUCAGGUAGAAUGUACUACAUGAACAGGAAAACCUUGAAAAAGACAUGGAGUUGGCCUAAAGAUCAGAAACUAAACCUCGAGCUCAACAUUUCACCGACAAACUCCGAUGUCUCGGAACAUUUCAACGGUGGUUUGGUGUCGGUUGAAGAGUGCGACUACAAGCACCAACAACAUUCUUCAAGCACCACUAACAUGGUGACUUUGCCAUGCUUGAAUUGCCAUCUUCUAGUCAUUCUCUCCAAAUCUUCCCCUGCUUGCCCCAACUGCAAGUAUGUCCACUCUCUUCCUACAUUGCAAACCACCAAGUCUCUCAGCACCUUGAGCCUCUUAAACUAAGACAACCUUGUCAAACCGGGCUUAGCUCAUUCGGUUCGGUUAAUACUUUAAAAAA